GCAAGAACUACUUUAAGAAGAACUAGGUCUAAACAUUAUCGCCAUCGUACCUAGAUUUGAGGAGCUGGAAUUAUAACGCCAGUGCAAUCGCCGAAGCCAACAUAACUCCCCUCCUUCCCGCAUGCACCACGCAGAAUAACCUCAUCGCCAUCCUGUAAGAAAACCCGCUCAGACCCAUCAGCAAGUCUAAUCGGAUUCUUUCCACCGUUGGUGUUCUCCAACAAACUCCCCAGAGUUCCCGAUCUGUCGCCAGAGAUCGUCCCGCUGCCCAAAAGAUCGCCAGUCCGCAUGUUACAUCCUGUAAUCGAAUGAUGAGCCAACAUCUGCGAGAAGGAGUAGAGCAGGUUUUUCGAGUUCGACUCGGCAAUCUUGGUGACCUUGCCGUUUGCGACAAGAUGCACUUCCAGCGGGAUAUCAUAUACAUUCUCCGCCUUUUUCUCCUGCAGAUAUGGGAGCAGCGGGUUGCCGGGCUCCAGGCCCUGUGUGCGGAAUGGCUCCAAGGCAUCCAUCAGGACCACCCAGGGCGUGAUGGUGGUGGCGAAGUUCUUCGCAUUGAAGGGGCCCAGUGGCACGUAUUCCCAGGCCUGGAUGUCCCGCGCAGACCAGUCGUUCAUCAGCACAACGCCGAAGAGAUGAUCCUCGGCUUUGUCGAUGGGUAUGGGUUCGCCUAGCUUGUUGCCUUGGGCGACGAAGACGGCCAGCUCGAGUUCGAUGUCUAGUUUUUUGCAAGGAGAGAAGAUAGGUUCCUUGGGGGUAGCAGCUGGAUUGGCGAGAAUUUGUCCAUUGGGUCGCCGGAUAGGCUGUCCGGAGAGGAUGACGGAUGACGCUCGUCCGUGAUAGCCGACAGGCAGGUGUUUGUAAUUUGGCUGGAGGGCGUUGUCGGGCCCACGGAACAGAACUCCCACGUUGUAAGCAUGAUUGAGGCCCGCAUAGAAGUCUGUGUAAUCACCAAUGCUCAGGGGAAGAUGGUUAGUGGCAUCUUUUCGCAGAACCAGUGCUGAUUGCUUAAGAUUCUCGUUUGCUUUAAGGACCUCCGGGAAGGGAGUGUCCUCUUUGAAAACCGCCUGCAGAUAUUCCCGCACCUGGCGAUGAACAGGUCGACCAAGAGCUGCAAAAUCGUUCAAUGUCGGCUGGGCAAACACGUCAAGGUGUUGCUGAAAGGACGACAACUGGGAAAAGCCGCCGCCGGAAGAGAAGACGAAGAGAUCUAGGGCAUGAUCACCAAUUGCGACUGCUGGGCGAGGAUUAGGUGAGGCAGUAGUGGAGAUGAUUCCGAAAGGGAUGUUUGCUAGCGAGAAAGGAGAUUCCUUGGGAAUGUGAAGCCAGGAAGAUGCCAUGGUCAAGGAGGAGAAAUAUCUGAUAAAAGUGAGCCUAUGCCUAUGGUUGCGAUACCUACAGAACAUGGACAAGUACAUUUACAUGUACACUGACUGGUACGGCAGAAGAUUAAAGUUGGGAACUCUCGGAGAUCUUGAUAGCAAGUAGGAGCUGCCCCAAGAUCCGUACGGAAUUGGUUCCGCGCGCUUAUUCGCGGGGGGGACACUUCAUAUCCGCCACUAGUCCCAGGGUAGACUAGCGGCUCCCGGAUCUCCUGCUUCGCCAAUUGCCCGCAAACACUCCGGGCUAAUGAGGCUCGGCGGCUGUAGCGGCUUUCCGGAAAUGCCAAGACCGCACUGGUCGGUCGCGUCUCAUUCCAGAAGCCGUCUUGUCUCGCCCGAGAGCUUAUCAACACGUGACCUGGACCUCUGCCCCGGGAUCUGCCCCCCGCCAAAACUUCCCCCAACUCUCAACCUUCAUUUGUUGUCAAACUGCAGGUUGGCAUACGUUCCACCAUGAAGCCAUUAACUGCCCGUUCCCUUCUGAAAGGGACCACUGUCUUACGGCUACGGUCUGGAUAUGCCACACCCGUCUUCAGAACUGCCAAUGGCUCCAGAUUGUUGAGCUCUCACGCCCGAUCACAGCCGCAGGCCGCUCUCCGCACAAUCACCAACACUUCCCGUCCCGGUUGCGUGCCAUUGUUCUAUCAAGUCAACGCUUCCCUUCAUCAGGCAGGCGCAAGGUUGAACUUCUCUUCAUCCUCGUCUGCUGCAUCUGCAUUGAAGAAGACCCAGCUCUAUGAUCUUCAUGCGGCACACAAGGCCAAGAUGGCUUCCUUUGCCGGGUUCUCCAUGCCAUUGGUAUACGGCGAUUUGAGCCAUGCUGAAAGUCACCACUGGACAAGAAACAAGGCCAGCUUGUUUGAUGUGAGCCAUAUGGUUCAGCACCAUAUUCGCGGCCCUGGAGCUCUUGACCUUCUCAUGAAAAUUACCCCUUCGUCCUUGAAUCUUUUACAAGAUAACUGCUCCACGUUAUCCUGCUUCCUCGAUAGAGAAACCGGGGGCAUACUUGAUGAUACCGUCAUCACCCGCUUGGGCCCCGAAUCAUUUUACUUAGUCACAAACGCUGGCCGCCGCAAGGAAGAUUUAGAAUUUCUCGAGAAAGAAAUUGAGGAAUUCAGACAGACGCAUGACCCUUCCUCCCGCGAAUCCGUCAUCAACUGGUCAAUCCUCGAUAACCGUGCUCUAGUCGCACUCCAAGGUCCCCUAAGCGCAUCCAUCCUCCAAUCCCUCAUCACACCUGGUGAAGCCUCCAUAGACUCGGACCUCAGCACCCUUCACUUCGGCCAAUGCCGCUCUCUCCACAUCAGUUUCCCAGAUGGAACACACUCUCCAUCCCGCCUCCUCGUUUCCCGAACAGGCUACACGGGCGAAGAUGGCUUCGAAAUCUCCAUCCCUACAGACACCGACGCACAGCUGCCUAUGAGGGUCUGUGAACUCCUCCUCUCCAACCCUGACGUCCGCCUUGCCGGCCUUGCUGCCCGCGACUCCCUCCGUCUCGAAGCAGGAAUGUGUCUAUACGGCCAUGACAUAACAUCCGCACAAACCCCUCCCACAGCAGGCCUCGGGUGGCUCGUUGGCAAAGACAGGCGCGACCCAUCGUCCCCUUCCUCUGGCUUCAACGGCGCCUCGGUCAUCCUGCCACAGCUUGCAUCGCCCGCCAGGACUCUCACGGAGCGUCGUGUUGGCCUAACCAUCGAGUCUGGACCGCCAGCGCGCGAAGGUGCACUGAUUGUUGACAUGGCAGAUGGCACGACGCAAAUUGGGGUUGUGACGUCUGGUAUGCCAAGCCCUACACUGGGCGGGGCGAAUAUCGCGUUAGGAUAUGUGAAGCAGGGGUUCCAUAAAAAGGGGACCGAGGUAGGUGUUCUGGUUAGGAAGAAAGUGCGCAAGGGUACUGUUGCGGCGACGCCAUUUGUGCCGACUAAGUUCUAUAAAGGGUGACCUUCAUCGUUUUUGGCAAUGUUAUUAACUACUAUGGAUUUGAUUAAUCGAUGAAUUGAUAUUUCUUUGUUGUUUUUAUUUCUAUUUCUUCUGCUCGUAUGGGCGGGGGGAGGAUUAUGACACCGGAAUGCUUAGGUCUCUUAAUCUAAAUUAAAAACGCAUAGGUGAUCUUACACAUAUCUUAAGAACUCAAUCGCAAAGUACAUAUCAAUUCAAAAUAAUAAAUGAUGGUGAACAACAUUAAGCUGGAUGCGGUUCAGAGUGUGUGUAGAGAAUUUCGUCACUCAGAAAUCUUUCACAGGCUCUUUCUGAUUGGCAACGGCGAGGAUAUGCUUAGUCAGCCACUAGAAGCCGC